UCGAGACGAUAAAAUGAAUAUGCCAGCUUGUCUCUGUCUUCAUCACCAGGAAGUUCUAAUGUCUCUACGUCCUCAACAAUCAAACCCAACCCAAAAAAAAAAAAAAAACAAAAAAGACAUAGGUGACUAUGGCUGGAGUGCCGAACAAGAGAACAUUCAGUAAGUUUAGUUUCAAAGGCGUUAAUUUGGAUACCCUUCCUUGAUAUAUCCACUAGUGAACUGGCCAAGCUCUUCCCUGCUCGUGCUAGCAGAAGGUUUCCAGAGGGGUAUCAAGAGAAAGCCUAUGGCUUUAAUCAAGAAACUCUGCAAGGCGAAAAAGGGAGGCCCCAUCUGAUGAGAAGCCUGAACCAAUCAGAACCCAUAUGCGCAAUAUGAUCACUGUACCUGAAAUGAUUAGAAGCAUUAUCAUCAUGUAUAACAGCAAGACAUUUAAUCAGAUGGAGGUGUAAAAUUCUGAAUAAGGGCCUAUGAUUGAAAUAGGUGGAGGUGUGCCAGCCGCAGAAACAAGCCAGGGUGGAAGUAUGACUUGUGGAGGCGUAGCAUAUGGGUUUUCUGACGCUCAAACCAGUUAUAAAGAAGCGAAGGAAAGUGCAACCUCUAUGCAGAAACUUUUGAUGGCAGUAUUGCCUUGCAUUGUCCUUAGGAGGGUAGAAGUAGCUGGAGGAAUUAAAGCCAACAGUCUUGCAAUCUUAACUGAUGUAGCCCGUCUCUUGUCAGAUGUUGCAGCAUUUACAAUCCCCUUGUUCUCCUUUUGGGCAUUCGGGUGGAAGGCAAAUCCACGUCAAUCUUAUGGAUCCUUUAGGAUUGAAAUUCUUGGUGCCUUUGUUUCCAUCCAGCUAAUAUGGCUUCUAAACGACAUUCUUGUUUAUGAAGCCAUAGCAUGACACAGGUGAAGUUUAAGGCUUUCUCAUGUUCGUGGCUUCUG